CGUGGCAAAAUGAGGCUUUUUAUUAUUAUAAGCCUUGUGUUCGUUUUUUUAACUUCAGUGCUUGGUGCUCCGCAAUCUAAGGAAUGAAAUUUAUAAUUUUCAUGAUUUUGGCGGUGGUGGCAACCCAAGCGAAGUUCCUCAUGUCACCCAACAGCCUUUAUGCUGCCAUGGAGAGAAAUGAAGUUGACGAUGAACCCUUGGCCCAGGCAGCCAUGCUGUCAGAGAAGUUAUACAUUCCGAUGGCGCGACUGAUGACGUGCAACAACGGCGCCUGCCUGGCCGUCUGCCAUGCCCUCGGCUAUAAGCACGGCCGGUGCGUCAGUGAUACGACGUGCGAGUGCUACAACUAGCACGACAAGGUUGGCAGCACUGGAUUGAUGCGGCGUAUUAGACCCAGCCCCGCAUAUAACUGCCCUAUAUAAAAUUCUGACUUAUAUAGAAUUCUACCUACUUAAUUAUGUAUUUUUUAGUUAUGAUAAUUGUUCGUAUAAAGACUAUAAAUGAUAAGA